AUGAUGAAAGGCUUUCCUAGGUAUCUGGUAACCGUGCUCGUCUUGGCUUUGGCAUGCUCCCUUGCCUCUGCAUAUGACCCCAGCCCUCUUCAAGAUUUUUGCGUUUCAACCAACGAUUCUGCUUCUGGAGGUAUGAAGUCAUUUGAAGCAUCUUACUCUACAUACAAAUAUAUUUAUGCUCCGUUCUUUUUAUAUAACAAGCUUUUCGUUCUCCAUGCAGUAUUUGUGAAUGGAAAGUUCUGCAAGGACCCCAAGCUUGUCUCUGCCAAUGACUUCUUCUUCUCCGGACUAAACAUUCCCAGAGAUACGUCAAAUCCACUUGGAUCGACUGUCACUCUCCUGAAUGUGGACAAAAUACUAGGCCUCAACACUUUAGGCAUAUCCUUGGCUCGCAUUGACUUUGCACCAUACGGCCUAAAUCCUCCCCACAUUCACCCUCGUGGAACCGAGAUUCUUGUAGUCCUAGAGGGUACUCUAUUAGUUGGUUUUGUCACAUCCAACACAGAUAACCGUCUCUUCACCAAAGUUCUUAAUGCUGGAGACGUCUUUGUCUUCCCAAUUGGCCUCAUACACUUCCAGUUUAAUUCUGGGCAUACCAAUGCUGUAGCCUUUGCCGGUCUCAGCAGCCAGAAUCCUGGGGUCAUCACCAUCGCAAAUGCAGUCUUUGGAUCUAAUCCUCCAAUCAAUCCUGAUGUUCUUGCCAAGGCCUUCCAACUAGACAGAAAUGUGAUUAAUUAUCUUCAGAAAAAGUUCUAGUGGGACAAUUAUUAGAUAAAUAUUUGUAAUUGCCAAUAAUGAAUCAUUUGAUGGUUCAAAUGGAUCUUGCCAUUAUUCACUUCGUUGUAACACCAUAGCAAUAACUUCAAUGAAAUAAAAUUCUUCCUUACUCUC